AUCUUGUUUCAUGCAAUCAAAAUGUUAAGCUUUAUGAAGCACAUAUUAAGCCCCAAUCUGUAAUUUCAUUUAUAGUUCUAAAAUUUAAAAUCUGCAAGACUAACAGUUUUUGUACUAAACAAAAAUACAUAUCAUCAGGCCUACUUGUUUUCCACUUGACCUGACAUGCUCUGAAAAUUGGGCUGUUUACUCAAGGAAGAUGUAGCAAAGAGAUGGGAAAAUUAACUCGUUGCCAAAAGUGAUCUGUGAUGUGGGACAUUUGUGAUUAAGUUGUCAUAGAAAAUAUAGAAAAUGUAUGGUUUAUAAUGCUAUAAUUCCUUUUUAUUUUUUAUACAUAUAUAAUUUUCAAAACAAGGAAAAACACUGACUCCACAUUAAGCAGAAAGAAGAAAUAUGCAGGAGGUCAAUUUAGUAAGUGCUAUAAAAUGUCUUCUUAAAUCUAUCCAUAAAUUGUGGUUUAAAGAGGAACUUUUUAUAGCAGUACUUAAUAUAAUUUAAAUUAUUUACAUUUCUAUAUGAAUUUUUUAACAAACUCUUAAUUCUACAAGUACUCAUUAGAUGACGUGGAUUGUGUAAAUAAUGGUUGGUGAAUUUUGACCCCUUUUAAAUUGUUUGCUGUGUUAUGGUGACCUGGCAUCGCACAAAUCACAAGUAUCGAUCUGGUUGUGUCUUUAAUUUGUUUAUCUUUAUUUCCAACCUUUCUACUACUCCCAUUGUGAUCACUGUGCACAGCCAGAUGUCUACGAGUCGGAGGGAUGAAAGGAUCUAACCAGUAAGACAGACACAGCAACAGUGCCAUAUGAAGACAAUUUGUGUGUAACAGGCAGAGUACUAAGGAGACUAGGCAGCCUUGCAGAUCACCGCACGGAGCCAGGACCUGCCCUGAACUGGAGGGCCUGUCUCCACCACGAGCCCCUUCUCCUCACCCCCUCAGCGGCAUGUACCCAGAGGAAAGCAGGGGGUCCGGAGGGGUCACCACUGUGGACUUCCUGGAUGGGACAUAUGACUACACAGCCCCCACGCCGGCACCCACCCUGUACAGCCACUCCAGCACGGGCUACUUCUCUGCGCCCAUAGACGCUCAUGGACCACCCUCUGACGGGAGCCUGCAAUCCCUGGGCAGCGGUCCCAACAGUCCUCUGGUGUUUGUUCCCUCGAGCCCCCGCCUCAGCCCCUUCAUGCACCCACCCAGCCACCACUAUCUGGAGACCAGCUCCACACUAAUCUACAGGUCCGGUGUACCAUCUACUCAACAGAUGUCGAGAGAGGAGCAGAGUGGGGCAGAGGAUGCUUUCAGAAUGGGUAAACCUGGGUCAGGGGCAGAGGUCGGACCUGGAGGCUUUGAAAUGGCCAAAGAGACUCGCUUUUGUGCAGUGUGCAGUGACUAUGCCUCUGGGUACCACUAUGGGGUGUGGUCAUGUGAGGGCUGCAAGGCCUUCUUCAAGAGGAGCAUCCAAGGUCACAAUGACUAUAUGUGCCCAGCAACCAAUCAGUGCACCAUCGACAGGAAUCGGAGGAAGAGCUGCCAGGCCUGUCGUCUUAGAAAGUGUUACGAAGUUGGGAUGAUGAAAGGAGGUAUUCGUAAAGACCGUGGUCGGGUUUUGCGACGUGAUAAGCGAAGGACUGACAGAGACAAAAACUCAAAAAACUUACAACACAAAACAGCACCUCAACAGGACAGCAAGAAGCACUACAACAGUACAUCAGGUGGAGGACCAAAGCUUGUCGUCUCUGGGCUGUCUCCUGACCAGGUGCUUCAGUUGCUGCAGGUAGCUGAGCCCCCGAUGCUCUGCUCUCGUCAGAAGAUGAGUCGACCAUACACAGAAGUCACCAUCAUGACCCUGCUCACCAGCAUGGCCGACAAAGAGCUGGUGCACAUGAUCACCUGGGCCAAGAAACUACCAGGUUUCUUGCAGCUCUCGCUCCAUGACCAGGUGCUGCUGCUGGAGAGCUCGUGGCUGGAGGUGCUAAUGAUUGGCCUGAUCUGGAGGUCUAUGCACUGUCCUGGGAAACUCAUCUUUGCCCAGGACCUCAUCUUGGACAGACAAGAAGGGGACUGUGUGGAGGGCUUUGCCGAGAUCUUUGACAUGUUGCUGGCCACAGCGUCUCGUUUCCGCAUGCUCAAGCUCAGACCAGAGGAGUUUGUGUGCCUCAAAGCCAUUAUCCUGCUCAACUCUGGUGCAUUCUCAUUCUGCACGGGCACAAUGGAGCCUCUUCAUGACAGUACUUCAGUCCAGAGCAUCCUGGACACCAUUACUGAUGCCCUCAUUCACCACAUCAGCCUAUCAGGAUACACUGUCCAACAGCAGUCCAGAAGACAGGCCCAGCUCCUGCUCCUGCUAUCCCACAUCAGGCACAUGAGCAACAAAGGCAUGGAGCACCUAUACAGCAUGAAGUGCAAAAACAAAGUGCCCCUGUAUGACCUGCUGCUGGAGAUGCUGGACGCUCACCGCCUCCAUCACCCUAACGGGACCAGCCAAGCCCGCUCCCUGAACACCAACGACUCCCCUUUUGACAUCAGCCCUGGUUUAAGUUCAGACCCCCUCGGUACGAUGGAGGGGGGAGGCAAAGUGUCCUCUUCAAGUGUCCUUCAGUAUGGAGGGCCCCGGCCUGAUUGCACACAAAUUGCAUGAAAAGACUACAUGGUGCACGGUGAGCGUAGUUUAGAAGGGAUUUGAUAGUGUUUAAAGAUACAACAUGAAAACAGUGUGUUGUCUUUUUGAUAACAACUUGGCUAACAUGCAGUCCCAAUUCAACAAUCUGUAAUGCGCUAUGUAUUUUGAUAUUUUUCCUUAAAACUAAUGAUUGAACCAAAAGCCAAAUUGUGAUGGGUAAACUGGAUCUAAAACAGCAAAGAGGCAGAUUUAAAGGUGCAAUAUGUAACUUUUUUGUUGGUGAUCUGUUACCUGCUUCUUUCCAUGGAUAUGUCAUUGCUCUGCCUGGAAUGUUCUAUAGUGCGACAUUAAACAGCUCUACCAUACAUUUAUUUAAUUACAGGUGUUUUUAUAGCUCCAAAAGAUCUAGAAAAACAGGCAUCACGACUGGUGGGGUGGGGACCUCUCCGCAGAUCUGACGUGUAAUGUGGUCUGGUUUGGUCUCCAUGAAGAUAGAAAGGUUCAGUACAAUACUGUGAAACAGUCCAGAUAAAGCAAUAACAUCUUCAAGGAGAAAAGUAUUUGACAGACCCUCCACCAGAAAAGUUACGCAAAGCACCUUUAACGAAUCACAAUGAAGUGUAAAUCGCAACUGUUCCCUGUGCUUAAAAAUGUUAGACUUUUUGUCAUGUGAUAUCAACAACCCUAAUGGCCUCAUUAUAGGUUGGUGGUCAUAAAGUUAUGUUUGAAUCAAUUUUGAAGGUAAAAGAUGAACAGUAAUUUUCUAGUUGUCUAUGUCUAUUUCCUCUAGCGGCUGUGGAUAGUUGUCCUGAGGCUCUGGGCUGAAACACAGUUAUUUUCAUUCAGCUGUUUUAAUAUUCAUAAUUAUGUGUCUAAUGGCUCUACAGUGCAGCUUUCCAAACAGCAGGUAUUAUUGUUGUAUUGUCCGCACAUGUGAUCUAAAAUGGCAAUGAGCAGCUUAUGUUAGUCUUUUUAUUGCCUCUACCAAAGUGCACUUCUUCUUGGGUUUAAGGGUCUAAUGGGCAUUAUUAUUUUUCAAAACAGAUAAAUGCACUUGAGUAAAAUUAAUGUGACUUUGCAAUGUUUUUAAGCUUGGUAACAUUUGAGUCUUUGUGAAAAUAUAAAGGAAGAUUAACUUUUGUAUUGGUUAAGUCUCUAUAGAGCGCAUGUCGUCUCUCAUCUGUUUGCUUGACAUGGCAAAAUCUUACUGAAUUAUUUUUUUAUGUGUGAAACAGCUUCAAGAUGGUUAAUGGUGUAAUUACACCAUUUACCAAGUAAAUAAGGUGGCUUAUCUGAAGAAAUUUUGCUAUUUUCAUCAAAAACUGCACAAAACAAUAUUGCUAAUUAUGGUUAUUUAAUGAAAAAAUAUAAUGUAACUUUAUAGAUCUUAGAUUUAAUGCAUCUUAUCUUUGUAAAAAAAAAAUCAUAAAAUGAGCUUAUAUAGGAUCAUAAUUUGUCACUGUUGAUGGAUGUAAAUACAGAGUUAAACUGAGCAAAAAUAAUUUGUGAAUUAAAUAAAAUGUU